AGAAAAAGAAUUAUCUCACAAGGAUUUUAAGGCAGCCACCAUUAAAAUGCUUCAACAGGCAAUUACCAACACGUUGGAAACAAAUGAAAAAAACAGAAAGCCUGAGUAAAGAAAGUCUCAGCAAAGAAAUACAGAAUGUAAAUAAUUAAAUUACAAAACCAAAAUUACGAUAACUGAAAUCAAUGUCAGUGGAUGGGUUCAAUAGCAGAAUGGAUGUGACAGAAGAAGGAAUCAGUGUACUAAAAAUAAAACAGAAAUUUGCCAGUCUGAACAAUAGGAAGAAAACAAACUAAAAAAACAAACAGAACUUUGGUGACUCGUGAAACUAUAAUAAAAGAUGAAUAUUCAUGUCAUCAGAGUCUCAAAAGGAAAGGAGAAAAAGGACAGAAAAAUAAUUUGAAAAAAUAUGAACUGAAAAGUUCUCAAAAGACAUAAACCUACAGAUUCAAGAAGCCAAGUAAACCCCAAACAGUGUAAACCCCAAAUCAAUCCAGGCCAAAACACAUCAAAGUCAAACUUCUGAAAACUGAAGACAUAGAAAAAAUCUUGAAAGCAGCAACAGAAAAACAACAUUUUCCCUAGAGGGGAAAAACAGUUUAAUGACAGUAAAUUUCUCAUUAAAAACCACGGAAGCCAGAAGGAACUGGCAGGAUAUCUUUCAGGUGCUAGGAGAAAAGGCUUGUUAACUCAUGAGUUCUUUAACCAGCAAAAAUAUCCUGCAGAAAUGAAGGAAAAAAUAAAAAUAUUUAUAGAGAAAGGAGAAUUUCUCACUAGCAGAUCUGCUCUAAAAGAAUAAAGAAAAUUCUCUAAACAGAAAGGAAAUGAAAAAAGAUCUCGGAUAAUCCAGGAAUCGUGGAUAAUGAGGAAGGAAGGAUGACAGAAGGAGGAAAAAUAUGUAUAAACACAACAGAUUCCUAUUCCACUUGAGUUCUCCAAAUUAUGUUUGACUGUUGAAGCAAAAAUUAUAAUGCUGUAUGAUAUGGUUCGAAAUGUAUGUAAAGAAAAUAAAACCAUUAAUACACAUAAAAAUAUAUAUAAACAUGCAUGUAAUAUACACAUAUACGUAUAUUAGAAACAUAUAAAAAUGUUAAGAUAAUUAAAUGGGGGGGACUAAAGGGAGCAAAAGUUUCUAUACUUUACUGGAAGUGAUAAAAUGUAGCAUCACCAAGUAGCACUGUAGUCCAGCCGACUAUGACUUGUUACAUACAAAAUGUAGUAUCUAGAGUAAGGACAAAAAGGCCAUACAAAAAGAUAUACUUUAAAACACUGAAUUCUAAAAGGUAUUCAAGUAACCUGCAGGAAAGCCAGAAAAACAAACAAACUGUGACACAUCCAUACCAUGGAAAACUAACUAUAUCAGCAAUAAACAGGAAUGAUUCUUGACAUCUCAACUUAGAUGGAUCUCAAGGGCAUUAUGCUGAGUAAAAAAAGCCAAUCUCAAAGAUUUUAUACUACAUGAUUCCAUUUAUAUAACAUUCUCAAAAUGACAAAAUUAUAGAGAUGGUUACCAAGGGUGAGGGAUGGUGAAAGGGAGUGGGUGUGUGUGUGACUAUAAAGAGGCAGCACAGGGAUGUCAUUGGGUUAAGGAAUUCUGUAUCUUGGUUGCAGUGUUGGUUACAUGAAUCUACACAUGUGAUAAAAUACCAAAGAACGAUAUACUACUCGCUUUACACCAAUGUCAAUGUACUGGUUUUAAUAUUGUUCUAUAGUUACAUAAGAUGGAACUAAUAGGGGAAACUCGGUGAAUGGUACAGUAAAUAUGGUACUUCUCUGUACUAUGUUUUCAAAUUCAUGUGAAUUUAUAAUUAUUUCAAAAUAAAAAGUUUAAAAAGUGAAUUAAUUCUGUGAAUUAUUUAAGAGCUCACUAAUAGGAUCACCAUACCUGUAAGUAAAUAUUUUUGUUCUGUCUAAUAGAAAAAAAUUAUAGCAACUUUAUUCAUAACAGAUAAAAACUGGAAUUAAGAAACCAAUCUGAAAAGGCAGCAUAGUGUAUGAUUCCAACUAUAUGACAUUCUGAAAAAGUUAAAACCAUGGAGAGAGUAAAAGGUUCAGUGGGUUGCCAGGGGCUGGAGAAGGAAAAGGGAUGAAUAGGCAGAAUGCACAGGAUUUUUAGGGCAGUGAAAAUACUCUAUAUGAUACUAGAAUGGUGGACAGCUGUCAUUAUGCAUUUAUCCAAACCCAUAGAAUGUACAAUACCAAGAGUGAACCCUAAUGUAAACUAUGGGCUUGGGGUGAUUAUGAUGUCUCAAUGAAGGUUCAUCAAUUGUAGCAAAUCUACCAUUCUGGUGGGGAUGUUGAUAAUAGGGAAUGCUAUACGCUCGUGGGCACGAGGGUACGUGGGAUAUCUCUGUAUCUUUUUCUCAGUUUUGAUGUUGAACCUAAAAUUGCUCUAAAAAAAUGAAGUCUUUUGAAGAAACACUGGAAACGAAAUGUUCAUGAACAGGUGAUUAAGUACAUUGUGAUAUAGUCAUACAAUGGAAUACUACUCAGCAAUUAAAAGAAUGAACUACUAAUACACACAACAUAUGAAUUUCAAAAAAUUAAGCUGAGAGAAAGAAGCUAGAUUCAAAAGAGUACAUAAUAAUUCAAUUUAUAGGAGCAGUGUGAAGAAGAAGCAGGGAGAACGACCCCCAGACUGACCAAAGCCCACAUAACGCACCUAUGUCCUACCACAUCGCCAGCACCAUGCCCAAGAGAAAGGCUGAAGGGGAUGCUAAAGGAGAUAAAGCCAAAGUGAGGGACAAACCACAGAGAAGAUCUGCAAGGUUGUCUACUAAACCUGCUCCUCCAAAGCCAGAGACCAAGCCUAAAAAGGUCCCUGCAAAGAAUGGAGAGAAGGUACUCAAAGGAGAAACGGGAAAAGCUGACACUGGCAAGGAGGGGAAUAAGCCUGCAGAAAAUGGAGAUGCCAAAACAGACCAGGCACAGAAAGGUGAGGGUGCUGGAGAUGCCAAGUGAAGCACGUGCAUUUUUGAUAACUGUGUACUUCUGGUGACUAUACAGUUUGAAAUACUAUUUUUAUCAAGUUUUAUAA